AUGUUUGCUUGGCCACGAGCCGGUCCACCUGGCCCUCAGCCCCGUCCUUCUGCCCGUCCAGUGUCCUCCUUCUCUCUGGACUCGGUGGCCCGGGACCCACAGGAGCUGUGCCGUUUUCUGACGCAGAACCUGUCCCUGCCCAACAGCACAGCCCACGCCCUGCUGGCCGCCCAGGUGGACGUGCCCGAGGUCUACCGCCUGCUUUUUGUCCCUGCGCCCGCCCUGGACGUGGAGUCAGUCCUCCCCCGGGGUCCGGAGCCGUGGGGCCGCCUGCAGACCAGCUCCCUGUCCCGGUUGGAGGUGAGGGGCUGUCGGUGGGAGGAGGGGCUGCUGCCUGCCGCUGGGUGGGUGUUUCUGCCCGGUGGGUGCAGGAGGGGCCUGCGGUUGUGGCUGGCACGGGAGGGGGAAGGCAAGAUGGUGAUGUGUAUCUGCCCUGCCCACUGGAGAACCUGUGAGCUCAGACCUGGCACAGUGGGUGGGCAGCGAGGCCUGAGGCCGGCUUGGGCCAGGCCUUGGUUCCUCUUGGUGGGGCUCCUCCCAGCCAACGAGACCUUUGCCUUUGUAGGCAACGUGACCCACUACGCCCAGGUCUGGCUCAACAUCUCGGCGGAGAUCCGCAGCUUCCUGGCGCAGGGCCGGCUGCAGCAGCACCUGCACUUUUUGAACCUGUCCCUGGAGGAGCUGCCGCCCGCCCUGCGCCAGGACGGCUUCUCGCUGCCCAACGGCUCGGCCCUCCUGCAGCAGCUGGACACCAUCGACAACGCGGCCUGUGGCUGGAUCCAGUUCAUGUCCAAGGUGGGCGGGUGGGCCAGCCCCUUUGAACCCCGCUGGUGCCCGGGCCGGUUCCGACGAUGCCCCUCCCCCAGGUGA